AUAAUGGCUGCUAGGUGAGAGGAGCGGAUGGGCCGCAUCCUUCGAGUAUGAGACGCUUCCACCGACAGGACCGUUAACUCGGGCGGUGCCGAGUUAAAAUGGUCGAUAUCCGACCCGAAAAGCAUCCAGAGACCGACGCUAACUCACCGAACAUCGUCCCGCCGAUUGCACGGCGCAUCCACCCUUGACAUCCUGUCUUCGUGGCCACUUCUGCCUGCCGAUCAGAGGGUAAACUGAGGUCAUGGCAGUCAAGGACAGAGUCGAGGCAGUGCUCAAUGUGGGCCUGCGUGUUCCCAGCAUCAUGCUGCUGGACGUCCUCUACCGCUGGGAUGUCAGCUCCUUUUUCCAGAAGAUCCAGCGCUCCAGCCUCUCCAACAACCCCCUGUUCCAGUACAAAUACCUAGCACUCUACCUGCACUACUUAGGUUACAUCCUGAGCUUGGUGCUCCUCACUCUGCCUCGUCAGCACCUGGUGAAACUCUACCUGUACGUCCUCACGGCCAUGCUGAUGUUUGCCGGUCACCAAGUCUCAAGGGAUUAUGUCCGCAGUGAAUUAGAGUCCGGCUUCGAAGGACCCGUCUACCUGGAACCUCUCUCAAUGAACAGAUUCACCACUGCACUCAUAGGUCAGCUGGUGGUGUGUACGCUGUGUUCUGGUGUAAUGCAGACCAAGAGGAUUUGGCUUUUCUCUGCUCACCUUCUUCCUUUGGUGGCCAGACUGUGUCUGGUCCCACUGGAGACCAUUGACUUCAUCAAUAAGUUCUCCAUGAUAUUCACUGGCCUGGAGGUCAUUUACUUUCUGGCUUCUAACCUACUGGUACCAUACAACCUGGCUAAGACGGCCUACAGGGAGCUGGCUCAGGUGGUGGAGGUGUAUGGGCUGCUAGCAUUAGGCAUGUCUCUAUGGAACCAGCUGGUCCUUCCUGUUCUCUUCAUGUGUUUCUGGCUGCUGCUCUUCGCGCUGCAGAUCUACUCCUACUUUAGCACCAGAGACCAGCCUACCUCAAGGGAGAGGCUCCUUUUCCUCUUUCUUACCAGUAUUGCAGAGUGUUGUAGUACACCGUACUCCCUGCUGGGUCUCGUUUUUACUGUCUCCUUCAUCGCUCUGGGGGUUCUCACACUCUGCAAGUUCUACCUGCAAGGCUACAGAGCCUUUAUGAAUGACAACACCAUGCACAGAGGAAUGACGGAAGGCAUCACCCUGCUGAUCCUCGCUGUGCAGACCGGCCUCAUCGAGCUACAGGUCAUUCACAGAGCCUUCCUCCUCUCCAUCAUCCUCUUCAUCGUUGUUGCUUCAAUCCUGCAGUCCAUGCUGGAGAUAGCAGACCCCAUAGUCCUGGCUCUGGGAGCAUCCAGAGACAAGAGUUUAUGGAAGCACUUCCGAGCUGUUUCUCUGUGUCUGUUCCUGCUGAUCUUUCCAGCCUACAUGGCCUACAUGAUCUGUCAGUUCUUCCACAUGGACUUCUGGCUCCUCAUCAUCAUCUCUUCAUCCAUCCUCACCUCCCUGCAGGUUCUUGGCACUCUGCUGAUCUACAUUCUCUUCAUGGUGGAGGAGUUUCGUAAGGCUCCUGUCGAGAACAUGGAUGAAGUUAUUUACUGUGUCAAUGGGACCUAUCGAUUGCUGGAAUUCCUAGUUGCGGUGUGUGUGGUGUGCUACGGCGUGUCAGAGACAGUGUUUGGGGAGUGGAGUGUGAUGGGAAGCACCAUCAUCCUGGUCCACUCAUACUAUAACGUCUGGCUCAGAGCCCAGCUGGGCUGGCAGAGCUUCCUGCUCAGGAGAGAUGCUGUAAACAAGAUCAAAAGCCUCCCCACAGCGAGCAACACACAGCUGGAGCAGUACAACGACAUCUGUGCCAUCUGCUACCAGGACAUGAACACAGCGGUGAUCACUCCGUGCAGCCAUUUCUUCCACGCUGGCUGUUUGAAGAAAUGGCUCUACGUACAGGAGACGUGUCCUCUUUGCCACUCGCAGCUCAAAAGCCAAUCACCUGCCACCAGUGUCCCCAACCCAGAAAACCCUGCAGCCAAUCAAAUACCUGCAGGGCAGAACGAAGCCACAGCCAAGAAUGAGCAGAAACCUGGUGAUCUUCCAGAUGAUGGGAAGGGGGAGGAGGGAGCGGGAGAGCAGGAGGGAGAAAAAGGACCUGGCAUGUCAGAUGGAAAAACUUCUUCCACUUCCUCUAAUGCGCCCUCUGCUCCCCAGAACCUUGUCAAGGUUCUGACAUCCUCCUCCAUGUCUUCCUCGUCUUCUUCAUCCCCACACACAACUGAUUGUCUGCAGAAUCAGUUGCCCACAGAUCCUCUCUCUUGCUCUUCUUCCUCUGACACGUCGGACAUACCCCCCUCUUCUCCAUCGCCCUCCAUCCCUUGUACGUCUCACCACUCGUCUUCACAAUUACAGGCCCAGGCAGAGAUGCCCCCUGCUGAACCCGGGCCUGCCCCAGCCUCCCCACUCGACAGCCAAUCGUCACAGCCCGACCGGCCCAACUCCCCAUCUGAGGAACAGUCUGCCCCUCCGAGCAGCCUCUGAACCCCAUUGUAACACAUAUGCAUGCACAUAAGCAGCUGUCAGUCUGCAUAUAUUCCACUUGUUGAGCAUUUGGCUCUUUAAUCGGGCCAGAAAUUCAGCUCCAAACCCUUCAUAUCCAUGGGAGUGAUUCGAACUGAUUCAGAAAAAUGUUUAUUCAUCUCAAAAUCCAAUGGGAGUUCUCCCAUCAUGUCCACAAAAUGUGAAAACCUGAUUGAAACCGAAGUAUCAUGUCUUUAUUUUUUUUUUUUACACCCAUUAUAGACACACAUCGACAUCGCUUUUGUUUUUCUCAUUCCAAUCCCAGACAUUUCAUGUGAUGGUUGCUCCCAUCCUGCCUUUGUUCGUGCAGCUUCUUUCAUCGCUGUGCAUCUCGUUAUGUUUCGCGGUCGCCCUGUUUGUGCCAUGAUCUCACAAGGAAAUGGGUCAGAAGCUUGGAGAACCUUGAUGGAUGAUUGAUAACUUACGGUUGAAAUUCAAAUGGUGGAAAAAGUCAUAACAUUUCAUAAAGUCUACAGAUUUUCGAGUUUUCAUUGUCGGACGGCAGCAGCUGUGUGUUUGAAUAUGAUGUGUUAACAGACUGAAUGUCACUUCCUGAGGCCAUCACAUGACCAGAAGCCUGGUGCUAAGCAGAGGAUACAUGGUGUGGCCUAGUCGAGGGUUGCAGUCUGAGCAAAUCCAUGUAGAGUAACUCAUAACUCAUUUCAUGCGUCAGGCUUUCUCUGUCAUCAUACUGCUUCAAUAUUCGAUUCAAACUUGUUUGGCUGGUCCCAGCAAAAACCUUUUCUUCUCAUCACCAAACUCUUGUUUUGUUGUCAAAGAGAUAUUUUUAUGGUAACUUUUAUUUCACUGCUCAGUAUCGACAACAUACUGUGCAGAUGGACUGAAAACAAGGGAGGGAGAGAUGAGAGGAGGUGGAAAAAAAGUAGCCGAGGCCAGAGUUUGGAUUUGAAGCGUCAGCAUUGUCCUGCAGAUCCGGCAAGGAGCCCAAACUCUGUUGUUAUUGGCUUUACUUCACCAUGGUACUCAUCCCCGCUCGUCCCCCCCAUUUGUACCAGUCCAUCCCAAGUUCAUCAGCUCGGCGAUUGUUGAAUCCCUUUAUGUCAGGACCCAAUCGCAUCCAAACACCCCGUGUUUUCUAAGACCAUCAUUAUUAUCCUCUUGCUGCUCGGUCACUUCACCCCAUGAAACAUUACUACCAGCAAAUUUAGCUAUGAAACAUAGCUUAUUUUUUGUAUUAUUAUUUCACACGUUAUUAUGCACACACAUACUUACCUUAGCAAAGCGGGCAGGAUGCAGAGAAGUGUGUGUGUAUGUGUGUGUUGAAAAGUCAGAGUAUUUAAAUGGGAGACUUAAACUUGAGAAUGCAGAGUCCUAAUGCACGCUUGUUUGUAGAGCUUGCACGCUACCACGGUUACCAUAGAAUUUAUUUGUUUGUCCUCCGUGUGCUCUAACCUUGCUACCAAUGUUUCUCUGCCAUUUCGCUCUCUCUCUUUUUUUUGUGUCUUUUUUGAGUCGCAUUUGCACUAAUGUCAUUUAUACUAGCAAUGCUCCAAAGCUGUUCUGUGGCUGUCAGCAACCAAAUACCCUCUGACGUGUUCCUUGUGUCCAAGGAAGCAGCCCAAUGUGUUUGUGUCUAAUGUAUAUAAAUGUUGCUCCGUAUGGCAUCUAUAUUAAACCAGAGGAGUGUUGACAUGACAACUAGGUAGGGCUUGAGUUCUCAGAAGCUUCACAGCGGCUCAGGGUUUCUUUGUUUCUGUACUUAACCUGUGAACAAGGAACAAACUUGUGGCCGAGAAGCAUUUUUGGGGAAACCAAGGGUUUCUGAUCUGAGACCAGCCAGUGUUGCUGCUUCUCCUGUCUAUAUGACGCGUCCUGAAGCUGGUGUGAUCACUCUGGUGCCCUCUAAUGUUAGGAGUGGGAUCAGCAUGGUGCAGAUGGUCAGGAGAGGCAGUAGUUAACAACCCUCAACAGUAUUACAUUACUACCACUAGUACUAAAGGUCUUAUUAUUAUGAAUGACUUUAUUAUUGACAUUAAGCGAAGCAUUGGCUGCAGGGCUGAGAAUGAAUACAUGAUCAAUGUAGGAUCAAACCUGGCCAACGCUGUUUAACUGUUUGUGUUUAUUUCUUUUCUUCUUUUUUUCUAAAGAAAUGAAAAUGUAGAGUUUGAUGUAUUUUGCACAUGUUCAAAUGAAAGGCAAACAUAAGGACUCUUUGUUUUUUUGAACUCCUCAUUUUAUUAUAAGAUCCAUUCCUCAGGCUUUGAUUUCAGACGAAGCCGUGACAUGAUUACACAUUUCAUUUUCAUUGUGGAGCAUUUUUUAAUUGUGCCAUUCAGAAACAUCACAAGCAAGAUUAACUGUUAACUGCUCCAUGAGGUUAAAACUGUCAUUGGCAACUGUAUUUGCAUCGCAGCAGAAGGUGAUAAACGACUAUCAGCUCUCGAUUCCUGACAAAUUUGAGUUCAUGUUUUAGAAAGUUCAGGCUCUGAGCUGUGACAUAUUCUUUUAAUAACUGUCCAGGACAAUUCCACAAAUGUUGGAAGGUAAAUGUAAACUUAAGUAUUUAAAAUGUGAUCAUGCAACCCAUAGAGAAAGCUCAGGUGAGUCUUUAAAUACAUUAUUUAAAUUCCGGUGCAUCUCUUGAUGUACUAUGUAUCGGCAACUGUUGAGGCUAUUUGCCAGCGAGCUAAAGUGCCAAAAAAUUAAGUCAAGCCUUCGCUGCUGCACUGCACAUGAACGACAUCAUCUACAUGUUCCUCCAUCUCCGCCCUGUGCCUGAGUGAAGUGUUAAAGAUUGUAAAAAGUUACAUAUCCCGUCAGUCCAAAAGUGCAAACUUCAUUCCUCUAUUAUGUUGAACAUGUAAGCGAAUAUGUUAAAGGAAUGGAGAGCUGCCAUCUGCACUCUGACCACAUUUAUUUUGUGAGAAAUAAGAGAGCACUGCUGUCCAGUAUCGUUGCCUCUGACGGGUGUGUUGAGAUUUACGUCAAAAUAACCCGGAUCACUUUCUGGGCCGCUCGGACUGGAACUCCUUUUCACCUCCACUUUUUUUUUCCUGAUACUUUUUUUUUUCUCCACACACACAUUCAGGACCUGCUCUGUAAAACCUGACUCUGAAUGCCAGUCGUAUUCUGUCAAACUGCUCCGUGGUUGGUUUUGGAUUUUAUGCCUGGCAUUGCCUUGGGUAUUUUUACAGAAACUGAAUGUCAGAAAUAAAAUGAACCAUCCACUCUGGA